UAAUUCGAGAAAGAGAGAGAGAGAGGCGUGAAAUCCUGAGAGAGAGAGAUUCUUCGCCGGAGUAAUCUCUUCGCGUGAUCUUCUCUCACGUCUCUGCUGUGAAUCCGUCUCCUUCUCUUCUCCUCUCGUUGGAGAUUUUUGAGGUCAAAAAAGCAGGAGAAGAUGGUGAACGCUAUGGUUGAGAGAGCCACGAGCGAGAUGCUGAUCGGUCCUGAUUGGGCUAUGAACCUCGAGAUCUGCGACAUGCUCAACAGCGAUCCCGCGCAAGCAAAAGAUGUUGUGAAAGGAGUCAGAAAACGGAUUGGUAGCAGGAAUCCUAAAACUCAACUUCUUGCCUUAACUCUGCUGGAGACGAUAGUAAAGAACUGUGGUGACAUGGUUCAUAUGCAUGUGGCUGAGAAGGGUGUUAUUCAUGAGAUGGUCCGGAUAGUUAAGAAAAAGCCGGACUUCCAUGUCAAAGAGAAGAUCUUAGUACUUAUUGAUACAUGGCAAGAGGCCUUUGGCGGCCCUAGGGCAAGAUAUCCACAAUACUACGCAGGAUACCAGGAAUUGUUGCGUGCUGGGGCUGUAUUCCCUCAGAGAUCAGAGAGAUCAGCACCUGUGUUCACACCUCCACAAACUCAGCCUUUGACGUCUUACCCUCCAAAUCUUCGUAAUGCUGGACCUAGUAAUGAUAUGCCUGAAGCUUCGGCAGAGCCAGACUUUCCGACACUGAGUUUGUCGGAGAUUCAAAAUGCAAAAGGUCUCAUGGAUGUGCUUGCGGAAAUGCUGAGUGCAUUAGAGCCGGGGAACAAGGAGGACCUUAAACAGGAGGUGAUGGUCGAUCUGGUGGAGCAGUGUCGUACAUACAAACAAAGAGUGGUGCAUCUAGUCAACUCAACUUCGGACGAGUCUUUGUUAAGUCAAGGUCUGGCGUUGAAUGAUGACUUACAACGGGUCUUAACCAGUUAUGAAGCAAUCUCUUCUGGAAUUCCUGGAACUUCUGUUCAAAUCGAGAAGCCCAAGUCUGAGACAGGAAAAUCUCUUGUAGAUGUUGAUGCCCCACUUAUUGAUACUGGAGACAGCAGUAAUCAGGCCAACGGAGCUACACCAAGCUCUGGUAACGGGAUUCUAAACCAGUUGGCCCUGCCUGCACCACCAGUAACUAAUGGUACAGCCAAUUCCAAAAUAGACCUCCUCAGUGGCGAUGAUCUUGCCCUUGUUCCUGUUGGACCUCCUCAGCCGGCAAGUCCAGUCGCAUCAGAUCAAAAUGCACUUGCCCUUAUUGAUAUGUUCGGAGACAAUACUAAUAGUCCACCCCCUGCAACUGCAUCAACUGGUAAUUCAGCUCUCCCGAGUAGCCCUUUGAAUCCUCAUUUGCACCAGCAACCACCAACUAGUCAAGCUGGAGAAGCUGGAUUACAACAACCCAAUGGAUUUGCUCCUCCAGCGAGUUAUUCUCAGUUUGAGCCCUCAUACGGGCAAGGCGCCUCUUCUCCCUGGAAUAGUCAACCUGCACAGCACUUGCAACAACCACAACAGCCAUCUUAUGAAGGUGCGCAAGACAGUAUGGCGUUUCCACCUCCCCCAUGGGAAGCUCAGCAUCAAGACUUCAGCCCCACUGCAGAGUCAGGAAGUCCGUUUUCUCCUCAAAUGCACCCAACACAAGUUGCCUUCUCACAUACCCAACAAUAUCCUCAAAUUCCCCAAAACAACAACAGUCCAUAUCCUCAAAUGCCGCAAACCGGUAUGUACAUGCAACAGCCAAUGCCAAACCAAGCCAAUCAGGCUCUAGGACAAGGCUAUCCACCCCAACAACAACAACAGCAGCAGAUGAUGAUGGCUCAGUACUACGCCCAACAGCAACAACAACAACAGGCUUAUGGAAACCAGAUGGGAGGAGGAUAUGGAUAUGGCUAUAAUCAACAGCAGCAGCAACAAGGAAGCAGCCCAUAUCUGGACCAGCAGAUGCAUGGCAUGUCCAUCAGAGACCAGGGUUCGCAUCAGGCACCACCACCAUCAUCAUCGUCUUAUCUACCUCCUAUGAAACCUAAGAAUAAACCAGAGGAUAAGCUAUUUGGGGAUCUCGUUGACAUCUCCAAAUUCAAGCCUGGUACAAAACCGACUUCCGGAAGAGCUGGUACCAUGUGAAAAAAAAACUCCAAUUGAUUUCAUGAUUUCUCAGUAUUCAUCUCUUUAUUGUCUUUGCUAAGCUAACUCCUUAAGCUUUGAUCAUCAAUUGAUUUGACACUCUUGGGAGAUGCAUACAUGUAUGUUAUCUUGUUCCUUGCUUAUACUAUAAAUUUGCCGUUGAUUAUGAGUGGGAAUGGACUUGUAUAUUACUUGUAGAGUAAUAAAAUCUUUUGUUGAGAACUCAGCGAUUUGUGAUUUGUGACAUUGUUUAAUCCA